AACGUGAACGAUAUUUAUAAUAAACAAAUAGAGUUGCACUUGGUAUUUUACGGAUUUUACAGUCACAUUUUGUGUGCCAUUUGUAUUAUUUUAAAGCAGUCUGAAAAAUGGUAAUUGCUAUCGGUUUCGAGGGUAGCGCCAACAAAAUUGGUGUAGGUAUCGUCCGUGACGGUGAAGUGCUGGCCAACGUGCGGGAAACCUAUAUAACUCCACCAGGAGAAGGAUUUCUGCCAAAAGAAACUGCGCAGCAUCACCGAACCAAAAUUCAUGACAUUCUGAAGCGUGCACUUCAAGAAUCUGGCGUGACACCAGCGGAAAUAGAUGUCGUAUGCUACACAAAAGGACCCGGCAUGGCACCACCGCUGCUGGCGGUGGCAAUAGUAGCUCGAACUGUUGCGCAAAUUUGGAACAAGCCCAUACUUGGGGUAAAUCACUGCAUUGGGCACAUUGAGAUGGGCCGACUUAUUACAAAAGCCCAAAAUCCGACCGUACUGUACGUCAGCGGCGGUAAUACGCAAGUGAUUUCGUACGCCUGCAAACGAUAUCGAAUUUUCGGCGAAACAAUUGACAUCGCUAUUGGGAAUUGCUUAGAUAGAUUCGCACGGAUCAUCAAACUUUCGAACGACCCCAGUCCCGGAUAUAAUAUAGAGCAGAUGGCGAAAAGGGGAGAAAAGUAUCUUCCUUUGCCGUAUUCGGUGAAGGGCAUGGAUGUUAGUUUUUCAGGAAUAUUGUCAUUCAUUGAGCAAAAAGCUAGACCAAACCAAAAGCAACAGAAAAGAAAGCGAGGUUCUGCUGUGGACGAACGCUGGACAGAUGAAGAUCUCUGCUUUUCUCUGCAGGAGACACUGUUUGCUAUGCUGGUUGAAACUACGGAGCGAGCGAUGGCACACUGUGGUUCUAGCGAAGUGCUCAUCGUCGGUGGAGUCGGUUGUAAUGAACGACUGCAAGAGAUGAUGGGAAUUAUGUGUAAAGAGCGAGGGGCGAAGCUGUUUGCAACAGAUGAAAGAUUUUGUAUCGAUAACGGAGUAAUGAUUGCACACGCUGGGUGGGAAAUGUUUCGUAGUGGAACGAAAAUGAGCUGGGAGGAAACCACUAUCACUCAAAGGUACAGAACAGAUGAAGUUGAAGUAACUUGGAGAGAAGGCUAAAGUCAUCGAUUAUUGUUUUACAUUUAUACGAAGUGUAUGCAAAGCAGGAAUAAACUUGCAUCGUU